AUGUCAAUAGAUGAAGACUUACUGUCGCGAUACCAAGGCCAGAUCGUUCUUCGGUCCUUUCGAGCUGGAUUUGUGAUUCUAAGUUAUGUUGUCUCUUGCAUCGGAGCAACUUUAACAUUCGAACUCCUCAACCGACGUACAUCUCGCAAUGGAUUAUUCAAUCAUAUCAUGCUUGUUACUGCUGCGGUAGCGAUGGGCGGUGUUUCGAUUUGGUCUAUGCACUUCGUUGGGAACCACGCAAUUAUCUUGGGUAACGGUGAACCUGAACUCCGCAUCAACUUUUCCAACGGCGCUUCCGCACUUUCUUUCCUCCUACCAGUAAUUGUACUUCUGCUAGCAUUUGUAGCUAUUGGCGCAAACUACACUGUCUCGCGGUGGCGGAUCAUUCUGGGAGGUGUGCUUGCUGGUGCCGGCGUCUGUGGGAUGCACUAUUUGGGAAAUGCUUCCAUUAACAAUUACCACUGCGUAUACGACAACGCGUACGUCAUUGGAGCCGCCUUCAUUGCAGUGUUCGAUAGCAUAUUAGCUCUGUCGCUGUUUUUCGUCUUUAGAGCGUCUUGGACGAAUUCAUGGUGGAAACGAGUACUAUCGGCUUUUCUGCUGGCGGGUGCGGUGUCAGGGAUGCAUUGGGUGGCCGCUAUAGGCACCAACUAUCGCUUGAAACAUCUUAAUGAGAGCAGCCAGAACUCCCAAAUCCAUGCCCUCAUACUUGUUGUCUGCAUAGCGGUACUUGCUGCCUUAUUUAUAGCAGGUUCCAUCAUCUACGCAAUGUGGAUCAUGAGGCAUAACGCGAGGAAAGUCCAGAAAGUCGUUUUAGCUACCGCGGUGUUCGACACGUCGGGGAGGAUCUUGGUAAACCCGGACGGCUUACUGCCGAGUGAGAAGAUUACCGAUGCCUACGUGGAACAGGCUCAAGGGGAUAUAUUCAGUGUCGCCCAUCCUCUUUUCCAUUGGAUGUUUCAAGUUUCUCGGGAUUGGAAUAGCGUGAGCGGCAUGGUUGGUAGAAUGACCAAGCAUUUGGCGCGGUUGCCCAAGGGAAUCCGCGAUAGCAAGGCUCGCCUAGUCGACGACGACGGGCAACCCAUCGAAAAUUACGAAACUAUCUUUCGGGAAUCAUUUUGUGUUGCGGCAGCGAAUUUAGCAGCUAAGUUGAAAGAGCAACUUGUCGACGUUGGUGUUUUAUGGGACGAGAUCUUGACUGCUGGAACCGACGGAGCAUCUCAAAAAUCCGAUCGAAAUAUCGACCAAAUAUUAGAAAAAGGCACUUACGGCAAAUCUGAUGAAGGGGGUAAGACUCGGUUUCUGCGAUCGCAGGAACACGGACGUGGCAUUCUCAUGUUCUUGGUUCGCCGUCUUGAACAUCCUCACGAGGUGAAUCGACUAGAAGCUGCGGGUUUCCGCUUUGCAGAGAUACAUCAGGUAUGCGGGAUUAUUGGAUCUCGUAUGCAAGUGAAGUCUCGGGAUUUCAACGGAAAGUUGGCCAAUAUGGCAACCUUCGCUAGAGGCAAUAUGAUCAUGGAGCCUGGCGUACAUCUCGGUUUCUUUGGCGUUAAGGCACGUGUGGGAAGCUUCGGUUUUGAUAUAAUAACCAAGAGAGGUGCUCGAAACUUGCUCCCUAAUAUGCCAAUACAUCUCGAGCGUCUCGAGCCAUGGCAGAUGGAUGUUAUCCGCAAGUUUGAGAGAACGAAUGUCCCUCUCCUCUUGCAGGGUCUCGGCGCACUAAAGAAGCUCUCCCCUCGGGAGAUGAUAUUUGCCUCUAGGCUAUCUGACGCUCUCAACGGGCUUCGUGCUUGGAUAGAUGAUCCAAUCUUCGAUGAGGCCGUACUAACCUCCAAGGUGGUCCAAGUACCUUGUCGAACCCAGAAAUCUUGCACAAUGAUUGUCUUGUGCAUGAUGAUGCCGAUCCAUACCACUUUCAGCAGUCCCAGAUGCGAAUUUGCGCCAUUGAAUUUCUUCAAGGUUCACCAGAUGUCGUAUAAAAAUUCGUCUCAACUUGCUGCCUUUACGCGCCACGUGCAUCGGGAAUUAUCACCGAUUGCAGCAUAUCAACGGGUCGGUCGGGUUAUCUCUUGGAGUCGCUUGCGCUCAUUAGGCCGAGCCGGACGGCCUAACUCUCAUGUUUAUUCUGUUGUUGAUGGCGAUGAGAUCCAAGCCAAAUCAACCCGGAAAUCGUCCAACCGUAAUUCGGUUUAUUCCGAUUCUACGAAGAAGUUCUGGAACCAAAAUCCCCGCGACAGCAAAAUGUCUCACAAUGACAUGAUGUCUGACGAAGAGGUAACACACGAACCCCUGUCGUUAGGCGGUAUCAUGGUGUCGCAGGAAAUUCAGGUUGACAUACGACAAAUCGACGACGUCGGUGGUGGUUCAUCUGCCUUAUUGAAACCUGCGGCGAAGACAGACCGCGUAACAAUGGUUAAGGCUGGGAUGGGCUUCGACUUCGAGAUGGAGGGUUUACCUGAGACAGAUAUGCUUACCGGGCAACCCUUUGGCUCAGCUAUAGUUGAACACGAGAAGACUAAUAGCGAGGUAAUCACGCGCAUUGCCAUUCCCACUACAAUUGCCGCGGUUGGUGGUGGUGCCAUUCUCUACUCGUACCGUCCCCGAAAUAUCCCCGGUUUCGAAGGCGCCGCCGUUCCUCCUCCUAUCUACGGUGCAGAUGGCACAUUUAAGCUCCCUCGAUUUCCCAAGAAGAGUGGUAAAGAGGAGGAGGAAUAUGAUAUGCUUGUUAUUGGUGGUGGAGCUACUGGUGCCGGUGUUGCUUUAGACGCUGUUACUCGAGGAUUGAAAGUAGCAGUUGUCGAGCGGGAUGAUUUCAGCAGCGGUACCAGUAGUAAGAGCACCAAGCUUGUUCACGGCGGUGUAAGAUAUUUGGAAAAAGCUGUAUGGAAUUUGGACUAUAAUCAAUACCUGUUGGUCAAAGAGGCUCUUAAGGAACGCAAAUACUUCUUGCAAACCGCCCCCCAUCUCAGUUCGUGGUUGCCUAUCAUGUUGCCUCUCGACAAAUGGUGGAAGGCACCGUAUUAUUGGGCAGGUACUAAAUUUUAUGAUUUCCUUGCCGGUAGUGAAGGUAUUGAGAGCUCCUACUUUUUAACUAGGAGCAAAGCACUCGAUGCAUUUCCUAUGCUGAAACAAACGGACCUUGUUGGCGCUCUAGUCUAUUACGAUGGUGCUCAUAACGACUCGAGAAUGAACGUCUCGAUUGCAAUGACUGCAGCAGUAUAUGGAGCCACCGUACUCAACCACGCCGAGGUAACUGGUCUUCUGAAAAAUGACGGUGGCAAGUUAUGUGGUGCUCAAGUGACGGAUUUGAUUACCGAACGCAACGGUAAGAAAUCUGAUCCGAUUACUGUCAAGGCUAAGUGUAUUGUCAACUGUACUGGUCCUUUCACCGACUCGAUACGAAAGCUCGACGACCAGGAGUGCAAGGAGAUCGUUGCGCCAGCUUCUGGUGUCCACGUCAUUUUACCUGGUUACUACAGUCCCUCGAACAUGGGUCUGAUCGACCCUUCAACUUCUGACGGCCGAGUUAUCUUCUUCUUACCUUGGCAAGGCAACACAAUCGCUGGUACAACUGAUGAACCGACAUCUAUCUCCCCGAACCCAUUACCUGAUGAGAAGUCAAUUCAGUGGAUUCUGAACGAAGUCAGUCACUACUUGUCUCCCGAUAUCAGUGUCCGCCGCGGUGAUGUGCUUGCAGCCUGGGCAGGUAUCCGUCCUCUUGUUAAAGAUCCUAAGGCAAAGAACACAGAAUCACUCGUCCGAAACCACCUUGUCGAUAUCUCUAGCUCCGGCCUCGUCACAUGCGCAGGUGGAAAAUGGACAACAUACCGACAAAUGGCAGAGGACUGUGUGGACGCGGCAGUCAAGGAAUUCAACCUCCCCACCAAGCCUUUCAGCAAUGCCCCGCGCGUUAGCGGAACGGAAGCUAUUGAUGAUGGCGCAAUCCUAGAUGGUACCUGCCAAACCCACCAAAUUCGAUUGGUUGGUGCCCACGGCUUUAGCAAAACUCUAUUCAUCAACCUUAUCCAACAUUUCGGAGUUGAGACCGAGGUUGCUAAGCACUUGACUGAGAGCUAUGGCGACAGAGCCUGGACUGUUGCAGCUAUGUGCAAGCCCACGGAUCUGCGAUUCCCCGCCAGAGGAGAGCGCGUCUCUCGUCUAUACCCUUUCGUGGAUGGCGAAAUUCGAUACGCCAUCACCAAUGAAUACGCUCAGACCGCCGUCGACAUCUUAGCGCGAAGAACGCGAUUAGCUUUCCUAAACGCUCAGGCUGCGCUUGAAUGCUUGCCCAAGAUCAUCGACAUCAUGAGCCAAGAAUUGAAGUGGGACCGAGCUAGACAGGAACGGGAAUGGAAAGAGACCGUUGCAUUUUUGCAAUCAAUGGGCUUGCCAGAACCGAUGCUCACCGCAACGAGGGCCCAAAUUGAAAAGGGCAAACUCGACUUCAGCUCUUCCCUUGAGUACAAGAUGUACUCGAGACACGACAAGCCUCCCGUCGCAGAGGAGUAA